AUGAGUCACGACCACUUUCCUGCUCUCCCAUCUGAACUCGUGGAUUGGGACCCACAAAUCAUCUCCCUCAACACCAACGGCUUCUCCAACAGCCACCGGUACAUCCUCCAGAAACUCUCAAGCACACACGACGUCACCUUCGUCCAAGAAACGCGUUUCCGCGCGCCGAGUUUGCAAGACAAAGUCCCCCACUCCACCCUUUGGAGCCCACAUCACCCACCCGCCACGGGCGGCUUGGCAACUCUCCUCCACCCCCACUCACCCCUGAAGAACGCCGUCGAAGUUGCACACGACAAUCCGAUUCUUCGCGGACGAUAUCUGCAAGUGCGUUGUGUUCUUGGCCCUGCCACGAUUGUUCUCCACAACGUGUACGCGCCAAUUUCAUGGUCCGAGCGAGCGCGCUUCUUCGACGAACUGCCACGCGACUUCCCCCCACAUUUCCUCCACAUUGUGGGAGGCGACUUCAACUGCACGCUCAACAAGGAUUUGGACUCGCUCAACCCCAGCGCCGCCACCAUGGCCGGAACAGACGCCUUGUUGACCUGGAUGCGAGACUUGUCCAUCGUGGACCUGUUUCGCCAGCAAAAUCCACUGCGGAAGACUUUUACCAGUCCCAAGCUCAUCAACCGCCUGGACUACAUCUUCUGCUCUUCGAGUUUGGCAAGGUUGGCGCAUUGGAAAGCCGCGCACUUGCCGCAUAUCCCUCACGCCGAUCACGUGGCUUGUCGAAUCAUUACCCAACGACAGACUACGCGACAUGGCUCCGGUUCCUGGAAGGCCCCGCCGUGGCUGCUGCGACUUCCUCGAGCCGCAACUAUCAUUCAUGGUUGCUUGGACCGCUUCCUCGCCAAGUCCAAUGGUUUCCACAAUGUCGGCAAAGCCUACGACAUCUUAGUCACCGACAUCCGGCAGCAACUCAAACUGUUUCACGACGAGCAACUCGACAAGCAGCGUUUGCCGUUGAAGAAAUUGGCACUUGAAAUCGCGGCCUUGCUCCAAGUUCCCAACAUGCGGCAAGACCCGCAAAAGAAGUUCCUCCAAGAACAAGCGUUCCAGCUACACUUGUACAAGGCGGAAAGGUCUUCGCGCUUUCACUUCUCGUCACCAAUUCCAACUCCACUGCGGAAGACGGUCUUCAAAGAACUGGAAGACGCCAACGGAAACCUGGUAUCCGACCAAACUGGUGUCUCCAACACACUGGUGGAUUACUACUCGGACUUGUUUGCCGCACCGGAGCUGCGUGCAUCCGACGACGACUUGUCUGCGUUUCUGGGGCCAUUAAUGCGAUACACCCAACUGUCGGUCCAAGCUCAUCAAGAACUGGCGGCUCCGCUGUUGGCGAAUGAAUUUUUGCCAUCCGCCACAGCAGCUGCAAUUCCGCCCCUGGACCCAACGCGCUGCCAUUUGAAACAAUUGACAGUGAACGCGGCAAAUGCCAAAGCCAAAAAUGGCCUCGAUCGCAAAUACUUGCGCGAACAAGAGCGCAUAGGCGGCGUAUCGCCAUAA